GAGUCUGUGUCUGAGCACAGAUGAAGCGUUCGAACAAGGGAAGAGCCUCCCAUUCAUCAACCCGAGCUCCCUGGAGACCCUGAGGGCUUUGGUGCAGGAGAUCCAGAGCAGCGGAGAGACCGACCCUGAGAUCUGGAAGGAUUGCGAGGGCCGAUGGUUGCAUCUGUUUCAGCUGGUCGAGAAGCAAUACCAAGAGCAAAUACUCGCUCAGCAAGAACAAUACCAGUGCCAAAUACAGUUGAUUCAGGAUGAAAUCAAAGCUCUGGUUCAGCUCCAGAACCGCCAGGCCAGCGUCCAGCCGCACACUGAGUUCUCUCCAACUUCGGGGAUCAAAACUUCCACCAACACAAAGGACUUUAUCUUCCCCCUCAUCUCCAGUGACUGCACAGUCCCCAAAACUGGAGCCAGUGACAAUGACAGCCUGGCAGCCCCGGCCCACACCCCUUUUAGCUCCCCUUCACCUCCGCUCCCUAGAUCAGAGACCGCCAACCAGGGGGAGGAGCGGGCGACCACCGUGCUCAGCAGCGGGUACGGGACUCUGUCUGCCUGGGAAACAGGUCUGGAACCUGCUGUGUCUCCAGGGGACGAUGAGGACGGUGGUCCAGUGAGGGAGAAGCUUCACUGGUCCCCGAACUUCCAGGAAGACACAGAGACGACUGUGAUUGGGUGCCAGCAGGAUUCCUCGCAUGAGAGGACUCUGGGAGUGAAUGAACCCAACACGUUAAUGUACCAGCAGAGAACCUCUGGCACCAGCCAGCUUUUGACCUCGUGGGCCCAGAGGCAGAAACUCAGGCCCAAGAAGAGCAAAGCAGGACCAGCUUCAUCCCAGACCGCUGAGCACCAGGAGCAGCCACGCAGCCUCAAAGACCCCCACAAACAAAACGCCCCAGAGAGCUCAGACCUCCAGGACCAG